GAUUUACUCAAUCCGAUUCUGUAAUGGAAAAGCGCCAUUGAUACACCACACGAAACUAUGCUUGCCACGACUUGCUUCUCUCCAGCUCUGCCUAGGAUUCUCUUUCCCCCAUCCUUUCUAUCAGACUCCACUCCCUUACACCUCUCCUCCCACAAGCCUCGCGCCCCAAUUCCCGCCACUUCUACAGGAUCACAAUCAUCUCUUCUGUCGGAGCCCUCUUCCGACUCCAAUGCCGCCAUUAACCACCGUACAGCGCCAUGGACGGAGUCUCCUCUCUAUCUUCAACCCCUAGAAGAAGAAGGCGUGGAUCUCGCAAAGCCCGAAAGAAGUAAUGGGUCGGACGGUCAUGGGGGCAAAAAACGCUAUAGGGCGUUAGCCGACAGAAGAAAUGUUAAAACUGGGAAAUACGCAAUGCGACGAAUUGCUAAAAGCAUUGAAAAACUACAGAAAAAUGGCGAUUCGGGAGAAACCGGAAUGAAAUUGGAGGAGGUUGAAUUUGGAGAUUUUUAUUUGGAGGGUUUUGAUGAGUCUAGAACUCGCGGGAGAAUGCCAUGGGAGAAGGACGAUGGGAUUGUUUUGAGGAGACCUAAGAAGAAAACAGUGACUUCAGCCGAGUUGAGUCUUGAUAAAGUGUUGCUUGAAAGGUUGAGGGGUGAGGCUUCAAAAAUGGAGAACUGGGUGAAGGUCAAUAAAAUUGGGGUUACUCAAGACGUUGUGAAUAAGAUACACUUCACAUGGGAGACAAAUGAGCUUGCCAUGCUGAAAUUUGAUGUCCCCUUGAGCCGCAAUAUGGAUAGAGCACGGGAAAUUGUUGAGAUGAAAACUGGUGGUAUGGUUGUCUGGAGUAAGAAAAACGCCCUUGUUGUUUACAGGGGCUGCAAUUAUCCAUUGGGUUUGAAACUUAGGACAAAAAUGCAAGUAGAUAGCCCUUACUGUUCCAGAACACCGUUCCUGGAAACAGACACUGAUUUUUCACUCGGCGAACAUGAUGAAGGUGGUUCGAAUCGAAGUAUAAACAACAAUGAUGGUGAAUGGGGAGAAGCUUCUACUUCUUUCUUGAGUGGAUCACUCUACGAGAGGGAAACUGACAGACUAUUAGAUGAUUUGGGGCCUCGCUUCAUUGACUGGUGGAUGCACAAACCUCUGCCGGUUGAUGCUGACAUGCUUCCAGAGGUGGUUCCUGGAUAUAUGCCUCCCUAUAGGCGCUGUCCACCCUUUACUAACCCAAAGCUUACAGAUGCUGAACUACUAUAUCUGAGGAAGCUUGCACAUCCCUUACCUACUCAUUUUGUUCUUGGCAGAAACAGAAAACUUCAAGGGUUGGCUGCUGCCAUUUUAAAGUUGUGGGAGAAAAGUCUGAUAGCUAAGAUUGCUUUGAAGUGGGGGGUUCCAAAUACAAACAAUGAGCAGAUGGCGUACGAACUUAAGAGUCUCACUGGAGGAACAUUGCUGCUGCGCAACAAGUUUUUCAUUAUCCUUUACCGAGGCAAGGAUUUCCUACCUGUUGGACUUGCCAGUUCAAUAAUUCAAAGAGAAACGGAGCUCCAAAGAUGGCAACUUCAUGAGGAAAAUUCACGGCUGAAAGCCAGGGAACUUUUUUGUUUUGACACUGGGAACUUGGAAGAGAGAGCCAAGGCUGGAACUUUAUCAGAUUUUAAGGAUAUCACUAUGGAGUAUGAAGAUUUGACAACUGGAAGUACAGAAUCAAAACUUCAAGCAGAUGCUGAAAAGGGAAAAAUAAUUAGGGAGCUGAAGAAGCAAGAGCGAAGGCUUAGCAUUCUUGACUUUAAGGUAGAGAAGUCAACAAAGGAGUUGACAAAGUUGAAUGCAUCAUGCAGACAUGUCGAGCCUGAUGCAGACCAGGAACUGAUUACAAAUGAGGAGAGGAUAUGUUUUAGGAAGAUGGGAUUGAAGAUGCAUAGCUGCUUAACACUCGGUAGGCGUGGUAUCUUUGAUGGUGUUAUUGAAGGUUUGCAUCAACACUGGAAACACAGAGAGGUGGUAAAGGUGAUUAGCAUGCAGAGAGCUUUUAAUCAGGUUCUUUCUACUGCGAAAUCGCUUGAAGCAGAAAGUGGUGGGAUUUUAAUAUCCGUGGACAAACUAAAAGAAGGUUAUGCCAUAAUUAUUUUCCGUGGUAAGAACUAUAAACGACCUCUACGUUCGGUGUCCAAGAAUCUCUUGACUAAAGGAAAAGCAUUACGUAGAUCCUUGGAGAUUCAGAGAAUUGGAUCCCUGAAAUUCUUUGCUAAUCAGAAACGGAAAAAAGUUUCUGAAUUACAACUCGAACUGGAGAAAGUGCAUGAUAGUGGGGAGUAAAUUAAGCAGACUUUAAUGCACACCUCUCUUCUACGUUGAAAUGGGUCUGGUCUAUGAAGAACACAUCAGAUCUCCAUGUGGAUAAAGUUUGAUAGGCAGAGACCCCACAUUCAGUAAUGGAUGCUUCAAAGCUGUGAAGACAACAACGCAGCUAAGAUGGAGAGGAAUAAAUCCUUUACAAGUUGUAGAGCAUAAGGGGAUCUGUCUACUUCGGUUCUGGAAUGGAUACUGUAAGUGAAAAGAUAAAGACACAAAUGAUUCUUUUAUUUCUAUAGAAUAUGGACAUAAAUCAGUGACCUCUAAAUCAGCCAAGAUGGAGAGUCUGCAAAACAUUGAAAGCACAUGCUUUCAUGUUCUGGCAGGCUUUAGUGGCAACUUUUGAUGAAGUUACAUAUCAGAUUAUUUGUGUG